AUGCCUAAGUUGGCCAGGCAGAUACCACCGACCAACAAACUCCCUGACGUGAAGCGGGUUGAGACUGGAGCUUCCUCUCUGGCAAUCCACCCUGCACCUCCCCCGGCCGUGUGCGUUCCCGAUGUCCAGCCAACUCCAAGUGUGGCAACAUCGUUCCGAAGACCCUGCGCCCUGGCCAUUGGUGGACUGCAGGGGACCUUGUUCGGUGGAAAAGCUCUUGGUGUUGUCGGUGCCGAAAUUGACACUGGCAUUCAUUUUGCCAACUCCUCUGGGUACAAUCCGUGGAUGGGCUUCUCCAUUGACAUUUCCCUAGGCGAGUCAGAUGAAGAGGAUGGAUUGGGAACGAGUCACCCACGUUUUCAGGAUCCCGGUUUUGGAAAGACGACAACCCUCGCCAUCGCCGCACUCGGGAUGAGAGUCACCACAGGCAAGGUCUUGGCCAGCGCUCCGACGCACGCAUCCAUCGAUAACUUGGCUGCCCGACUCCACUCCAUCACGACUAGAGUGACUGAGCGCUACAAUCAAGGCAAGCCGCUCAAACCCCGAUUCCCUCGGAUGAUGGUUGUGUGCGCUUACGCAGAGAUCGACGAAUAUGCCGCCUUCAUGGCGUUGGUCGAAGACCCUGGGAAAGGUGAUCUCGCCGGACCUCGCGACGUAUUCGGAACCCGGUCAGCUUGGAAAUUGCCGCUCUCGGUUGCGUAUUGGCUUCUGGUGUGCCUUGGUUCGCCCGCGGUCCCUCAGAUUCGCCUGGAUGACAGCAACGACUUGCGCAACCUUCGCGACGACAUUGCCACAAGGCAGGAUUUGGCCUCUCUCCGUGCCGUAGCCAUGGGGCACAUCACAUGGAAUCAGUACAUGGCUGUCAACAAAUUUGGUCAAGACAGCAAGAUCUCGGCCUUGGAGUUCAUCAAGGCAUCCGGCUGGCCCGUUUACCGCUUACGCACACAGCUUCGAAUGGUCAAGGGACAAUUCGAACUUUGCAAAGCCGUGGUCAACCCGGAUAGUGACAUUGGGUUCAAGUAUGGCCCAGGUACUGAGAUCGAUCUGCCUGGACAUGGCAUCGGCAGAGCAUUCGAGUCAUUCAUCACCAGCAAUUACCCCGACAUCACCCCGGCUGCACCUGGGAGCCUCGAGCCAAUCUUCAUUCACUGUCCGAGCGCCAGCGCUCGCGUGGACCCAGUUACGAGGUCAUUCCAGAAUAAUGAGCAAGUCAAGGUUGCUCUCGGCUUCUUAUGCGAUUUCGUCAACGCCACAAAGGUCGACCCAGGUCAGAUUCUCAUCAUCGGCCCAUCUACAGCCAUGGUAGCGGCGAUUGCGUGUAUUCGAAACGAACCAGAAUAUGCAGCUCUACGCACCAUGCCGCCAGCGAUGACGGCGGAUUCAAUGCAAGGACACGAUGGAGAGGAAAUGGUGGUGGCGAUCCUGGGAACUCAUAAAAGAUCGGGCGCGGGCUUCCUUGCCGAUGAGCGCCGCAUCAGCUUGAUGCUGAGCCGACACAGAAGCGCAUUGUUGAUUGUCGGUAACCUAACCAUGGUGCGAACGGCCGAGGGCGAUAUUGCCACCAUCAAGCCCAAAAUGCUUCGGAAGGCGCAACAUAUGAUGUGCGAUGCUGGCCGUGUCAUAGAGAUUCAAUAUCGCAGAAGGCUUGACGUCGAGGGCGAGAACGGCGAUGACGACGAUGAGGGCAGCGAGGGUGGUGACGAUGAACGAGGAGAAGGGCGAUGUAGGAGCGGUGACAAUGAGUCCAAAUGAGGAUGUUAAUUAUCUGAGAGAUAUGGAAUUAGUUCAGACAGCUUUGUAUGAACGGAGAUAAGUGACAAGAGUGUUGGUUUU